AUGUCCGCACUCGUCCUCAUAACCGGCGGCACCGGUCUCAUCGGCAUCAAAACCAUCCUCCUCGCCCUCCAAGCAGGCUACACAGUUCGAGCCGCGGUACGAACCCAAGAGAAGGCUGAUGCAGUGCUAGCCACGCCCUCCAUCAAAACCCUCAACCCACGCUCUCAUCUGACAUUCAUAAUCAUCCCCGACAUCCUCGCAGACAACGCCUACGACGAAGCCGUCAAAGGCGUGAAAUUCAUCAUCCACCUCGCCUCCCCCGUCGUAAAAGGCGACGGCUUCACAGCAGAUCAAUACGAGAGCGAACUCAUCCAACCCGCUAUCAAAGGCACGAUGUCCAUCUUGACGGCCGCGCAGAAAACGCCGGGUAUCCAACGCGUGGUGAUUACAUCCUCGGAAGUCGCUAUCGUGCCGUGGGAGGAGUUUAUUUCGAAGGAGGUGGACACGGUGUUUGAUGAUACCUACGAGAUUCCCUUUCCGGCUGGGCCGUACGGGAAUGUGUUUGAAGCGUAUAGCGCUAGUAAAGUGCGCGCGUUGGUUGCUACGAAGCAGUUUGUGAGGGAGAAUAAGUUGGAGUGGGAUGUGAUUAAUAUCAUGCCAUCGUUCGUUAUCGGGGAUAAUGAGAUGAACUUCAAGGCGGAGGAUGUUUGUGAUGGGACUGUUGCGGCGGCAUUCUCGCAGGUUCUGGGGAGGGAUAGCGGAUGGGGUCCUACGCCUAGCACGAGUGUGCAUGUGAGGGAUGUGGCGUGGUUACACGUUCAUUCUCUGGAUCCGAAGAUUGAGGGCAAUCAGAAUUUCCUGGCUGUGUCUGAGGGGGAGAGGGGGACGGUUUGGGAGGAGGCGAUUGAGAUUGUGAAGAGGAAUUUUCCUAAGGCGGUGGAGAAGGGGAUCUUGCCGAAUAAUAAGCCGGCGCAGACGAAGAGGACAAAAGUUGAUGCUAGUAGGACGGAGAAGGUGUUUGGAUUUAAGUUUUUGAGCUAUGAGGAGCAGGUUAAGAGUGUGGUGGAGCAGUAUUUGACUCUUCUUGGGGAGGAGGUUGCUUAG